UGGUCGGCCAUAGCUUCAUGUACAACUGACGGCGUGGCAACGCAUAGUAAUAUCGAUGCAAUAGCAAUAUCUAUUAUGAUGGUAUAAGUAUAUAUAUCUCUCCAGCUUCUCCUACGUUUUUCAUUCUUCAUCUCAAUUCACAAUACAAUCAACAGCACAGCAAUAAAACAGCACAGCAAUAACAACUCUACCAAUUCCACAUCUUCUUCAUUGACCCCGCAUUCCAGCUUCACAGCUCCAACUACUCACACAGUUCUCACCCUCCAAAACUCACAACACACAUAAAAUGGCCUCCGACGGAAAGAAAAUCAUCGUCGUCUUCGGCGCAACCGGUGUCCAGGGCGGCUCGGUCAUCAAAUCCAUCCUCGGCGACUCCAAAGCCGCAGCACAAUUCAAGAUCCGCGCUGUAACUCGCGACCCCUCCAAGCCCAGCGCUAAGGCACUCGCCGACCAGGGCUGCGAGCUCGUCUCCGCGGAUCUGAACAGCGAGAAGGAUGUUGCGCGCGUGCUCGAGGGAGCUUAUGGCGCCUUCGCUGUUACUAACUUCUGGGAGACUGGAGACCCAGAUGUCGAGCUUAAGCAGGGAAAGAACGUGGCUGAUGCCGCAAAGGAAACUGGAUUGCAGCACCUGGUCUGGAGUUCCCUGAUCGACGUCACCAAGCUCUCCAAAGGCGUCCUCACAAAGGUCUCCCACUUCGACUCCAAAGCCGCCGUCGAAGACUACAUCCGCUCCAUCGGCAUCAACGCCUCCUUCUUCCGCCCGGGCUACUACAUGUCCAACCUCCAGAAAGGCGGCAUCGUCCCCAACGGCGACGGGACCUACUCCGUCCCCCUCCCCAUCCCCACCAGCGCCCCAAUCCCGCUCUUCGACACCGCGGCCGACACCGGGAAGUUCGCCAAGGCCAUCCUACUCGCGGGCGACAAGGCGUUCGGAAAGACCUACGACGCGGCUGUGGCGUACGUGACUACCGCUGAGAUUGCGGCGGAGUGGAGCGCGGUGACGGGGAAGGAGGCGAAGGCGGUUGUGGCGGAUCCGGAGGCUUGGAAGGCACAGUUGAGGGGGUUUGGGUUGAGUGAGCACGCGGCGGAGGAGCUGUAUCAGAAUAUGAGGUUGAUGGAUGAGUUUGGGUAUUAUGGUGGUGCGUCGCUGGAGGAGAGCCAGAAGAUUCUGGAUGAGAAGUUGACGACUUUGAAGGAGUUUAUUGGGAAGCAGGAUCAGUGGAAGAACUUGUAAUGUGUCCUGCAACACAAUCCAG